GACUCCCAAAGCGGAAGGCGGCAAGUAGGAAAAGAUAAUAGUGUAAGGUGCUGGCGAAGUUAAACAUAGGAAAGAGAAAAUUGAGUGGAAACGGAAAAUAGCUUCAGGAACAGGAAAACGCUAAGGAAGUGUGAAUCUUUAGAUAUAGAUAAAAUUAUUUUUAUUUGAAAUAAAAAACGCUUCCAGCGAACCGGCGUAACCGGAAAUGCAAGGUUUUAAACAACAGGACUAUUACCGGACGUGCAGCUUCCCGGGUUUCUCCGGAAUGAUGUUCCCAGAAGCCAGUUACGGAAAGACGGCAUGGUCACCUCCGACACCGACGUCACAAAUACAUCAAGGCUAUCCUCAUCCCCACAGUCCUCUAUCAGCCAUCGGGAAGCCCUCAUUGGAACCUGCGGGAUCACCAUGGCGACCACAAGGAAGCGGACAGAUACAGUUGUGGCAGUUUUUACUGGAACUACUUUCAGACAGCGGAAAUGUGAACUGUAUACUGUGGGAGGGAACCAACGGUGAAUUCAAACUCGUCGAUCCGGACGAAGUUGCCAGGCGUUGGGGCGAGAGAAAAAGUAAACCCAACAUGAACUAUGACAAGUUAAGUCGCGCGUUGAGAUACUAUUACGAUAAAAACAUUAUGACCAAAGUGCACGGGAAACGUUACGCGUACAAAUUUGACUUUGCCGGACUUGCUCAAGCCAUGCAGCCGACGGCGCCUGAUCCGGCGGCGUAUAAAUACCAACAGGACUUGUUCAUGUCGAGCUAUCAUCAUAAUUCUAAAUUUAACUAUCUGAAUGCGCAUGCGCCGAUGACAUCAUCGCCGAGUCUUUUCCCGCCACCUUCUAGCUACUGGUCACCUGCAAACGGAAGUUGUUCGUUUUACCAGAACAUUUCAAGCCCUCAUUUGUCCCACCAUUCCGCCCCUAUGCCCCCGGCCCCCCACAUCAGCUCGUACUAUUGACCCGUAAAAAAUGUGAAACCAAUUUUAGCCAAGCUUAUUGAAAUCAGGAUUAAAUGCCGCAUAUGCGCCAAGUGUCGUCUCUGAUAAGCAUGUGCAGUGCGCACAGGUACUACAGUUCCGACACUUUCCUCAUUUAUGGUAUUUUUCGUUAUAAUGACCUCUCUUCCUUGCAAAAUUCCAGUUUAGGCGGAAAGUGUUGUCCCUGAUUAGCCUGUGCUUAGUGCACAGGCAAGUCUGGCACAACACUUAACGCACAUGCAUUAAUCCCCGUUUUAUCAGAGCGAGAAUAAUUUAUAUUUACAAUAAAAUUUACAAAUAUGAGUCUUGUUCUGAGAAAACUGGACAUAAUGCAUGUGCGUUAAGUGUCGUUCCAUAUUAGCCUGUGCAGUCCGCACGGGCUAAUCAGGGGCGACACUUUCCGCUUGUUUGGCAAUUUUCGUUUAAAUGAAGUCUCCUCCUACAAAUAAUCUAAUUUAGGCGGAAAGUGUCGUCCCUGAUUUGCCUGUGCUUACUGCACAGGCUAAUCUGGGACGAUACUUGACGCACAUGCAUUAUGCCCAGUUUUCUCAAAACGCGACUCAUAUGAUACUAGUAACUGACAGGCACACAUAACUAUCUUUAAGUUAACUUCAGUUUUGUUGUUGUUUUAUUCACAUGAUAUCGUUAUUAAUUAGAAACAUUUUAACCAUAUGUGACUAAUGUUCGACUAACAUUUCAGUCAAAGUUAAAUUCAUCUAUGAUAGGGCCCAGCAGAUAUAUUCCGUGACUCACGACUUCGUCAACUUAUUGAUCGAUUUUGUAUUUACAUUUUUGUAUUUAAAACAGAUAACACGCUUUAUAAGAACAAAUGUUUGUCAUUUUGGAACUACUUGCAUGUUUUUUCUAAACAUAUCUCAGGAUUUUCAAAAUGAAACGUUGAGUUUAAAAGUUCACAAAAUACGAUGUUUAUUUUUAUAAUCGUUAAAUAUCAUUUUAUCGGAAUAACGUCAUCCAUGCCAUACUUUCAAGCACGAUAUAUUGAAAAUGGCUACAUUUCAGUAAAUUUUAAACUGUUUCAUGAAUGUUUAAAAUAUUUAUAAGUACAUUUUUAAUGUUUAAUAAUUUUUUUUACAAAUGUAAUGGUUAAGUGAAACAAUGCCAUGCUAUUGCUGUAUGCACCAAUCCAUUUUUGAACUUCCGAGAAAUAUGUAUUUUUCAAAUUAUCACUCUUAUAAACUUUUUAUUCCCACCAAUAUAAGUCAAAUUAUUGCAUUUUUUCAUUGUCAGCUUUUUGAAUUAUUAAAAUAAGUAAUAUAAAAUCUUCAUAUAGGUCAUAUUGUCCCGAAUUCUUGAUGUUCACUUUUAAAGCAUACACGUGUACGUAUGUUUUACGGAAUGUUGCAAUACUUCGUCUCACUGUCUGUGAUCUGAUAUAUUGUAUAUGGU